CGCUUUAUUUAUGUCGACCUGCCAAUAGGAGCAAGUCCCCGUCUCGAGACACCAGCCGCGCCGCGCCUCGCCUCGCCUCGCCUCACCUCACCUCACCUCACCCUCCGCCUCGUCUCCUUCCCCCCUUUCCUCUACCCACGCACGCCCUCUCUCCCAUCCCAGCCGUAGCCGCGCCGUGACUUGUCUCGAUCGGCGGCGAGGAGGAGGGCUUCCGUUCCCUGGCCGGUGGGGGAGGAUCAGGCGGGGGGGCGGCGGGGAGGGGGAGGAGAUCGGUCUCGGUCGAUCCGCGCGCGGCGGCGAUGGCGCGGGAGAGGCGGGAGAUAAAGAGGAUAGAGAGCGCGGCGGCGCGGCAGGUCACCUUCUCCAAGCGCCGGCGCGGCCUGUUCAAGAAGGCCGAGGAGCUCUCCGUGCUCUGCGACGCCGACGUCGCGCUCAUCGUCUUCUCCUCCACGGGGAAGCUAUCCCACUUCGCAAGCUCCAGUAUGAAUGAAAUCAUCGACAAGUACAACACACAUUCUAAUAAUCUGGGGAAAGCAGAACAGCCUUCGCUCGACUUGAAUUUAGAACAUAGCAAGUAUGCACAUUUGAAUGAGCAACUUGCGGAAGCUAGUCUCCGGCUUAGACAAAUGAGAGGUGAGGAGCUUGAGGGAUUGAGCAUUGAUGAACUCCAGCAGCUAGAGAAGAACCUGGAAGCUGGUCUGCACAGGGUGAUGCUGACAAAGGAUCAACAAUUUAUGGAGCAGAUCAGUGAACUCCAGCGGAAGAGUUCACAGCUGGCAGAGGAGAACAUGCAACUCAGAAACCAGGUAUCCCAGAUAUCACCAGCUGAGAAGCAAGUUGUUGAUACUGAAAAUUUUGUUACCGAAGGACAGUCCUCUGAAUCUGUGAUGACUGCAUUGCAUUCUGGAAGUUCACAGUCGCAGGAUAAUGAUGAUGGCUCGGAUGUAUCCCUGAAAUUAGGGCUGCCUUGUGGUGCAUGGAAGUAACUGAAAGGAAAAAAAAAGCAUCCUUGCAGAUCUGGUUGGAGUCGUUGCGGCAUCCAGGGGAGAAACGCUUGUGUUAUUCCCAAACCCAGACUGCAAUAAUAUAAUCUUGCGUUGGAAGCGAGAUCAGUUAACCUGAUUUAUCAUCCUUGUGGCUGCAUGAUGCGAUGUUCCGCUUGUACUGUUCGCUAGGAUCUUGACUAAACUUUGAGAUCUAUGUGCCGUUUAAUUAUCCCAUCGCUAUUGGCACUCCUUAUGCGAUACAUCAUAUAUGCACUUUGUUGCUAUCUUAAUUAUGAUGCGUCUUUUGCAGCGUUCUAAGUA